UCGUUGGUUUCCUAAAAGGAAAGAAUUAAUACCUUCCAAGUUCAAGGAUUUCAAAUUACUCAGAGCGUUGAUGAUUGAAGGUAUGCAUGAUGGAGAAGUAAAAAUAAAGCUGCCUAGAGAAAUUGGAAACAUGGUCCACUUGAGGUUUCUGAGUCUAAGGAGAAGUAAUAUAAAAUCGUUUCCUCCGUUUCUAGGAAACUUGAUUUGUUUGCAGACGCUUGAUUUUUUUGUUAGAGAUGACUACAUGUUUAUCCCAAAUGUGAUAUGCAAGAUGAAUAAAUUGAGACAUUUAUACCUUCCAUGGAGGUACAGGGCUAGAGGUAAACUGCAGCUAUCUGCUCUCGGUGAUUUACAAACUUUAAAUUAUGUUUCGAGUAGAUAUUGUGAUUUGAAUGAUCUUGCUAAACUAGGCAAUCUAAGGAAACUGAGAAUAAGAUUGUCAUCUAGCCAAUCGAAAAAUCUGGAGAAAAUCUUGGAUGCGGCAGGCUGCGUGCUCAAUGGUAUUCGGUCCCUGCGGUUGGUCAACCAUGUUGGAAUGAAAAGCGGUGCAGAGGUUAGUCAAAUAGUUGCAAGGUGCAGUCAAAUAUACAAGUUGAAGCUAUGGGGCCCCACACUAGAACUACCGAAAGAGUUCCACUCCUAUUCAAACCUCACCAAGUUACUUUUGUCCGAUUGUGCUCUCAAGGACGACCAAAUGGCCAUACUAGAGAAGCUGCCCAACCUGAAAAGUCUUGAUCUGUGCGAUAAUGUGUUUGAGGAAAAUACAAAAGUAUUGGUUUUCUCUGCUGGAAGCUUUCCUCGUCUUCAGUUUCUUGAGCUUUAUGCUUUGAAAGGAAUAACAGAGUGGAGGGUGGAGGAAGGAGCCAUGCCUUGUCUCUGCAAAUUGAUCAUUGAUUAUUGCAGAGAAUUGAGUACGGUUCCAAAUGGGCUGAGACACCUUACUACACUCAAGGAUUUGAAGAUUGAGCAUAUGCCUAAACCAUUCUGUAGUAAGCUUGAGGAAGGAGGAGAAGACUUCCAUGAAGUCCAACACAUCCCUUCCCUUAUACUCCAGAUUCCGAGGGAUUAAAAGCUUCUGUUUGAGGAAAAUCCCCUGCAUUCAAACAUAUCUAUCAAAAUGGCUAUACAAAUUUAUCAGGUUCUGCUUGUCAUUGUAAGAAAGAUGGAUGAUUUUGACAGAGCAACUUCAAGAUCUAUGGGGAUUAAUUAAAGGCAAACCAAGUGAGCUGACAAGACGGUUCGAUGGUUCCCAUGAGUUCAGAACUGGAAAGUUUUUCUACCAGUUGUGGUGCUAUUGAAUAAAUUGAAAUCAAUGUGCACCUUUGUUAGAAAUGUUUUUCUUAUAUUUUCUCUUGGAUUGCUGUUUUUGUGUGCUUCCUAUUUAGACUUGUUCCACUAGUUAAUGUGCAAGACAUUGAGAGGUUUAUGUUGUUGCCUAGUUGGAUAUAUGAUUGUCGUCUGAUAUAAAAUGCCUAUGGCUUUUAUUGUUUCC